AUGCCUCAGACCCAGAAUGCCCCUUGGCACCACUCACCCUCCUCCAGCAUAUCCUCCUUGCUCUCACAACCCAGGGGCAUGCAAAAUGGGGGCAGCUGCAUCCAACAGUCCCUGGCACUUAUCUUGGAACCACAGCCAGUAACAGAACUGUCCCAGCCCUUUGCCUGCCCUGAGCCUAGCAGUGUUAUGGGGAACUGUCUGUACCGGGUGGACUCUUCCUCCGCUGCUGGGAACUUGAGUAACUUUUCCUUUGAAGAUGAGUUUUGGGAUGAGUGGAAUAAGUCUGAUGAAUAUGAUGAUGACUACACUGGAUUCGAAGCAGCUGCCCCCUGCCACUCCUGUAAUCUGCUGGAUGAGUCAUCACUGCCCUUCUACAUCUUCAUCAGUGUCCUGGGUGUCCUGGCUAGUGGAGCUGUCCUCUUUGCUCUUCUCAGACCUCUCUUUCACUGGCAGCUCUGUCCUGGCCGGCCGAUCCUGGUGCAGUUGGCUGUGGGCAGUAUCCUCUUCAGCAUUGUUGUGCCCAUUCUGGCACCAGGGCUGAGAGGUACCCACCAGACCCACUUGUGCCACCUGGCCCGCUUGGUCUGGUAUGGUUCAGCCUUUGCCCAGGCUUUGCUAAUAGGCUGUCAUGCCUGCCUGGGCCCCAAACUGGGUGCAGGCCAGGUCCCAGGCCUCACCCUGGGAGUCACUGUGGGACUUUGGGUAGUGGCAGCCCUAUUGGGGCUACCAAUCACCCUGGCUAGUGAAAUUUCCAGUGGACUCUGCACCCUGACAUCCAGACGUGUGAUUUUGCAGUUUAUGCACACUGCCGCCUGUUUUGCCAUCUUUAUCCUGUUGCCACUGGGUUUAUUGGGAGCCAAAGGGUUGAAGAAGGUAUUGGGCAGGGGGCCAUGUCCAUGGGUGGAUAUUCUGUGGAUCUGGUUCAUUUUCUGGUGGCCUCAUGGAGUACUUCGGGGUUUGGACUCCCUAGUGAGAUCCAGCUUCUUGAUAUUGUCAUCAUGUCUGGUCCAACAGACCCUAGACCUGUUGCUGGACCUGGCAGAAGCCUUGGCAAUAUUGCACUGUGUGGCUACACCCCUUCUCCUGGCCCUGUUCUGCCACCAGGCCACUCGCACUUCCUUGUCCUCCUUGCCUCUCCCAGCAAGACAGUCCUCUCAUCUGGACAACCUUGGAGGAAAAUCCUAGUUCUCUUCCCAC